GGAGGCAGAGGGAGCAGCUCGUGUCUCCUCCGCGUCAGUCUGAGCUGUUGUCACCGGGAAGUGGAGGAAAUGCGCACGGGACAUUUCAGCGUUUGUCUUUAACCGGGGGACGAGCAUUUUCUGUGAUGAAUGGACCGAGGGACGAGCGGGACUCCGGACAUCUGCUGCUCGUGGUUUUCCUCUGAGAAGGGCCACACUGAAGGGCCACACUGAGGGGCCACACUGAAGGGCCACACUGAAGGGCCACACUGAGGUCGACAUCACCGUGACCCUCUGUCCUCGUCCGCCUCCAGACGCCCCUCUGCCGCAGACUCCAGAAGUGUCCAGCCAUGUUCCGAAACAGUCUGAAGAUGCUCCUGGGAGGCAGAGGGCGCAAGAGCACGACCAGCGGCGGCAGCAGCAUCGAUUCUGACGGAUCGGACGCCAGAAUAAUCGAGGGAUUCACUCGGUCACUGCCGUCGUCUCCUCUGCUCAAUCUUCGACUGACCAAGAGACCAGGUGAGGAGGAGGAGCUGGGGCCUCCGCCCUCGGUCGAUGAAGCCGCUGACGCGUUAAUGACUCGUCUGGACUUUUUACUGGGGGAUAAGACGGUGACGCGAGACUCCGCCCCCUUUUCCCACGCGCAGGAGGAUGGAGCGAGGAUCUCUCCGUCCUCCAGUCUGGCCAGCGGCAGCACCUCCCCCUGCUCCACUCUGCUGCCCCCUGCUGGAGGAGAGAGUAACAACAACAACAAGCACGCCCCGUCCAACUACAUCACCUCCCCCUCCUCCACCCUGGACAGCAGGGACAGCGGCAUCAUAGCCACACUGACGAGUUACUCCGCCGAGUCGGCCGUGGAGCGAGAAAACAACAACGGCAAGUACCACGGCAACGGUUACCACGGCAGCAGCCUCAACCUGUGGCCCCAGGGCGGCGAGCGGCACGUGGUCGCCUCUACGUCCUCAUCCAGCGUGGCGGCGCCGAGGGGCGGGACGAACGGCUUCCUGUACAGAAACGAAGACAACAUGUCCGCCUCCACCUACAGCCUCAACAAGCUCCACCCAGACGGCUCCUCAGGCUCCACCCACUCCAUCCCUCUCUACCUCAUGCCCCGCCCCAACUCCGUGGCAGCUACGAGCACUGCCCACCUUGAAGAUCUGGCGUAUCUUGAUGAGCAGCAGCGACACAUCCCGUCCAGGACGUCGCUCAGAAUGCCCAGACAGAAUUCUGGGAGUCGUAGUCAACAGGAGCACAUAGUCCGUUUUACUCCAUCGCUCAACCUCAAGCCCUUCCACUUCGAGAUUCCCGGGCUCGCUGCUGAUUGGUUGUUCACGGGAAGGGAGUGGCUUUUCCAGGAAGUCGAUGCCUGUCUGCGCAGCUCGGAUCCAGCGCAAAAUCGCGGCGUGGUGAUCGUCGGUAACAUGGGCUUCGGUAAAACGGCCAUCAUCGCUCGACUCGUGGCUUUGAGUUGUCACGGAAACCGGAUGUGGCCGAGCGCUGCGAACACGAGCGUCGCUAAAAAUGCUGAAAAUGCACAGUUUUCCCAUAAUUCAGUGGGACGAGGUGAAGACGUAGAUGAAGGACGAGAGGGGAGCUGCCCGGGGACUCCAGAGAUGAGACGGAGACAGGAGGAAGCGCUGAGGCGGCUGGCGGGACAGGUCGUGUCCUUUCACUUCUGUCAGGCGGACAACUGUCACACAUGUCUCAUCCCGGAGUUUGUCCACAACAUGGCCGCCACGCUCAGCUCCAGUCCUCAGCUGUCGUCGUACAGAGACCUGCUCCACCACUCGCCCCAGCUGCAGAGCGUGCUCAGUCUGCGCUCCUGCAUCCAAGACCCCGACGCCGCGCUGCUCAGGGGGAUCCUGGAGCCGCUCGACCUGCUCCACAGAGAGAGGAAGAUCCACGCCGAGCGGACGGGGCUCAUUGUGCUGAUUGACGGGUUGAACGAGGCAGAGUUCCACCGCCCGGACUACGGCGACACCCUGGCUUCCUUCCUCAGUCGGAACAUUCAGAGAUUCCCUCCCUGGUUAAAGGUCAUCACGACCGUCCGCACGGCCCAACAGGACAUCACACAGUCCUUGGCGUUCCACUGCGUCUCGUUGGACUCGAUGGAGGAGAACGGCGCCAUCGAGGAGGAUCUGCAGGGAUACCUCACGCAGCGAAUCCACAGCAGCGCCGAGAUACAGAGCAACGUGUCCCUGGGAAACGGACGCCUCGACAACACGGCGCUGACCAAACUCAUCGGGCACCUGAAGAGUCUGAGCCGAGGGUCCUACCUGUACCUGAAGCUCACGCUGGACCUGAUCGAGGGGGGAUACCUGGUCCUCAAGAGCUCCAGCUUCAAGGUGGUUCCUGUGAGUCUGGCCGAGGUUUAUCUGCUGCAGAUGAACAUCAGGUUCCCCACACAGUCGUCCUUCCAGAGAGUCCUGCCCCUGCUCAACGUGACCACGGCCUCACUGCACCCGCUCAGCGACCAACAGUUGUUUGAGGCGGUGAACGCGAGCGCCGUGACCGGGGGAACUCUGCCGUGGGCGGAGUUUGUCCAGAGGGUGGAGCAGCUCUCUCCGUUCCUGAUGUGGCGGAGCGACGGGAGCCGGAUGUUAAAACACGCCUCCUUCAGAGAGUGGCUGGUCUGGAGAGAGGACGGGCAGGACAACCGCUUCCUCUGUGACCCCAGGAGCGGUCACACUCUUCUGGCCUUCUGGCUCUGCAGACAGGAGGGUAAACUGAGCCGGCAGCACACUCUGGAGCUGGGACAUCACAUCCUGAAGGCUCACAUCUAUAAGGGCCUAAGCAAGAAGCUGGGGGUUUCCUCGUCCGUGCUCCAGGGGCUGUGGCUCUCCUACAGCACGGGCGCUCUGAGUCCGGCCCUGUCCUGCCUGAGGAACGUCUACACGCCCAACAUCAAGGUGAGCCGGCUGCUGGUUUUGGCGGGAGCGGACGUGGACUGUCGCUCGGACGUCCUCAACAACGCCCCUCUGCUGUGUGUGCACGCGCAUCUGGGGCACAAGGACGCCGUCGCUCUGCUGCUGGACCACGGAGCGCAGGUGGACGCUCAGUCUAGCGACGGCCUGACUGCUCUGUGUUUUGCUGCUGCUGCUGGACAUUUGGAGAUUGUGACGAUGCUGAUUCAGCACAGAGCCGAGGUGGGACAUGUGGACGGCUCAGGUCGUUGCGCUCUGGUCCUCGCGGCUCAGCGCGGGCGUCAGGACGUCCUGCGCUUCCUCCUCAAAUGUGCAGACUGGAGCUGCACUACCUGCUGUGGCCAGAGGGGGGCGAGCAGAGGCCAGGCCCUACAGCAGGCGCUGACCGCAGGAGCGAGCAUGGGUCACACAGAGACUGUGUCCUUCCUGUUGGACCUGCCUGAGGACGAGGACGACAGGCCUGAGAUCAACACCUGGGACAGUCUGUGGGGAGAGACAGCGCUGACCGCUGCAGCGGGCAGUGGCCGACUGGCUGUGUGCAGACUCCUGCUGGAUCAAGGAGCCGCUGUGGAGAAAACCAACCGCCGCGGGGCCACGCCCCUCUUCAGCGGCGUGAGGAGAGGACACUGGCAGGUGGUGCAGCUGCUGCUGAACUCUGGAGCAGAGGUGAAUAUGAUGGACGUUCAGGGACGCACCGCCCUCAUGACGGCCGCCUCAGAAGGUCACAUGUCCACGGCACAACUGCUGCUCGACCACGGUGCGUCUCUGGACCUGUGCGACCGGGAGGGACUGACCGCCCUGAGCUGGGCGUGUCUUAAAGGUCAGCUGUCAUUGGUCAGAGAGCUCGUGGACAGAGGAGCUGACACCACACACGCCGACCGCAGCGGACGCACGCCGCUCGACCUGGCGGCUUUCUGUGGAGACCCUGAAGUGGUGCAGUUCUUGGUGGAUCACGGGGCGUCGGUGGAGCACGUGGACAGCAGCGGGAUGCGUCCUCUGGACCGAGCCGUCGGCUGCAGAAACACGUCUGCUGUGAUCGCUUUGCUCAAGAAGGGAGCUCAGAUAGGACCUGCCACUUGGGCCAUGGCCACGUCAAAGCCCGACAUCCUGAUGGUUCUGCUGAGUAAACUGAUCCAAGAGGGAGACCGUCUGUACAAGCAAGGGAAAGUGCGCGAGGCGGCCGUGUCCUACCAGUCGGCGCUGCAGAAGUUUCCCGGUGAUGAGAUGAAGACGUUUCGACAGCUGCGAGUGUCUGUGCUGCUCAACCUGUCGCGAUGUCGCCGCAAAAUGAACGAUUUCAGUUUGGCUGAGGAGUUCGCCACCAGAGCCCUGGAGCUGAAAGCCAAAUCGUAUGAAGCUUUUUACGCCAGAGCCCGGGCCAAACGCAGCCGCAGGCAGUUCCACGCCGCGCUCGAGGACCUGUUAGAGGCCAGCCGUCUGUGCCCGUCCAACCGUGAGAUCCAGAGACUUCUGUCCAGAGUCAAAGAGGAGUGUCGACAGGCCGCACAACAGCAGGACGCCCCAGCUGCCCCGCCCCCUCACCUUUACCAGCACAACGUGUCCCGGGACGAGGACGAAGACGACGCCCGCCCCGUCGAAACUGUCGUCCAAAGUCUGGACAGCCACGGCAGCCCCCGAGGUCCUUCUCCAAACUCUCUGUCUCCGACUCACAUGUACCACCACGUCUCUAGCCCCACCCACUCACCUUCCUCCUCCUCCCCGAGCCACGCCCACCAUUUCAGCCCCGCCUCCUCCCCGGUUCACCAGCAGAGAGUUAGCCCCAUGUCCGAACCUCCGCCUCAGUCCGUGUUAGCGCUGCACCAUCCCGAGCAGCAUCUCCAGAACCAGAGAUCUUUCCAGAAACAGAACACGGUCCAAGGCCAGUGGCUCCAGCCGGCCAAGGCGCAACUCGUGAGGUCGAGCCAGCCCACCGCCGCGGCCCACUCCAACGUGGUGUUCGGAGGGUCCGCCUAUUCCCAGUUUGCCCAUUUACCCAAAGAACUGGCCGAACUGGGUGAAGGUUUUCAGCUGCAGCCCGGUCUGUCGUAUCAGGAGGACAUGGACCUGCAGCCCAGACCUGCGGCGGUUUACGGCCGAGGCAUGAACCGCUACAGCCAGGGCGCUCAGUUUGGUCGCAACCAGUCCAAAGCGGCGCAUUACCCGAUGGAAGUGACUGAAACGUCUACUAUAGGUCCACCUGAGUCGUACAAUGAUUACCAGUUCCAGUCACAAGGAGGACUACGGCGACCGCUCAGCGCACACCCGACCUCGUGCUCUGCGGCGGCGUCUAACCGGCCGCUCAUCCACUCUCAAAGCGUCAACGUGCGCAGCCUCGCGGGGCAGCUACCUCCGCCUAAUUUAUCCACUUUCCGAACUUCAGCGUCCGCCCAGCAUGUGGAUUUACCCCCAGACCCUCCUCCUUUCACGGGAAGUUACCACGACGAUCUGUUUUUAGGCUCGAACCCUCAGUCUGACUCGGGAAUGGUCGGGGGCGGGACUUAUCCCGGGGAGGCGGGACGUUCCUCGAGGAACACUCCGUUUAUGGGCAUUAUCGAUAAAACUGCGAGGGUACAACCGCAAUACCAGCCACAAGCCACGCCCACGUCAUCGUCUUGCCUGAGUCCGUCUCGCUCUUGGGCCGUCUCGUCCGUGGACACCGUGGUCACGUCGCCAAGCAAAGCCCCGCCCACUCAGCCGUUUCCUUCUUCGAUCGCUUAUCACAACAGAAGCAACAACAAUGCGCACAAUGGCCAUUAUUACGACAACCAAAAUGACUUUUACGAAGUGACGCCUGCGAAGGUGGAAAACUCCGCCCCCGUAGCGAGUCAGAACCCGUCUUACGUGGACGUGAGGCUCGCCCGCACCAUGCCCGUGAUACACAGCUGCUCGGACCGGCCCAACGAGCGUAAAAUGGGCCCUACCUCUCCUGUGAAACCAAAAAGACCCUUUGUGGAGUCCAAUGUGUAGAAAAACUAUGGAAGGAGCAGAGUCUGGCAAUGCUUGAAGAAACGAGAACAUGCAACGGUUUGAACGAACGCCGCGCGCUGGAGGAACGAUGCAAUAAAUGUACAGACGUUUAUAAGAGCUGUGCGACGAAACGAGGCAGAAAAUGUGUUUAAUUACGUUUAAAGCCGGAUUCCAGUUUGGAUUGACAGGACGUGGAGUUUUGUAAAGACUCUGCGAAAAGAAAAAAGAGGCUGCGGACGCCAAAGUGCAGCCAUUUUGUUUCAGAUGUUCAAUAAUUAUUAGUCAGGAUUUGAUGGUUUAAAAAUAAAACCGGACUUUGUAUUGGGUUUUUUACAAAAGUUCAGUGUAAUUCAGACAGCACACAGAAUCACAAAGCACAACCUUUACAAACACGGUAUGAGGUCGCGUGGCGUUGAAGCCGUCGCCGCGUCCCGAGCCAUAACGAGGACGAUGUUAUUGAGUAAAGCACUGACUUACUGUAUAUACAACGAGAGUAAGCGUUAUUUAUCUUUUUAAGUUAUGUAUGUGACUGUACAAUGCAAUUUCUUAUAAUGUAAUGUAUAUUAUUUUUUAUUUCUUUGACGUGUUUUUUUAUAUCUAUUUUUAUUUCCGUGAUUCUUACCUAAACGUGGCAAUAUUCAAACAUCAUCCGCUCGCCGCUUCAGCCCAAACGCCUUUCAGAAAUGCUCUUCUUCAGGGGUUCUUUUCUACCAAAACUUUUUUAUACUUUGCAGUGCUAAUUUAUGCAACAGCUAGCUAGCUAAACCAUGCCUUUUACAUGUGCUAGAACACGCUAACACGCUAACACGCUUCAUUCUCUGGAGGUUUGACCGGCAGAUGGUGUAAAUUGACUUAAAGACGUUCACGUUCCUCACACAGAUGCUGCUUUGCUCUGUUUUCUGUUCAUUUUUUUUCAGACGACAUUAAAGCUACAGUCAGUUUUGUCACGGUACCGACGCACACUGCCCCCUGGAGGUUGAAGCUGUUAGCGUUAAGUAGAGGCCGGUUUUGUUUUUGUCUAACUAUCGCCAAGGCCGUCGCUGACACAUUAUUAGCAUGUUGGAUGUUCAAAGACUUGUUGAAAAGAUUAAAGUGACUUAAACUG